CAAAGGACUUUCCAUCCUUCGGAGCAGCAGGACAACAUGCGGAUGACCAUGAGCAGCCCUCAACACAGCAGGACCCCUCCACUGUAUCCAUCCACCAUGAGCGCCGACACCGCCUGCAGGGCCGGGCUGAACUCCGGCAACAAUACUGAGCUGAUCACAAAGCACAAUAAGGAUCUGAUCUCAGAGCACAAUAAUGAGCUGGACUCAGAGCACAAUAACGGGCUGGACCUGGAGCACAUGAACGGGCUGGAUUUGGACCACAAUAAUGGGCUGGACUCGGAGCAUAACUGUGAUCUGGCCGACCUGGUGGCCGCCAUGAAUGUGGCUGCUAAAUGUGUGACCCCGCCUAAUGGCUAUAGGCCCAGCAGUGUUCAGAGAGCUCGAUUCUCAGACAGGAAGAUGUCACUGCAGGAGAAGGGGAGCCGCAUGGCCCGACAGCCCACCAUCGAGACCAAACGCGUGUCCAUCACAGGCGGCGAUGAUUGCGUCCAGCUCAACCAGUACAAGUUGAACAAAGAGAUUGGAAAGGGUUCAUAUGGAGUGGUAAGACUGGCUUACAGUGAAGAUUCUGAGCAGUACUACGCGAUGAAAGUUGUUUCAAAGAAGAAGCUGAUGAGGCAGAGUGGAUUCUUGCGCCGCCCCUCUCACCAAGGAGCAACCUUUCCACAGGACCCUUACACCAAAGCCAUGUUGCCUCUGGAGAAAGCUUACAAGGAGAUCGCCAUCCUAAAGAAACUGGACCAUCAUAACGUUGUCAAACUGGUAGAGGUUCUUGACGAUCCUGAUGAAGACGGACUUCAUAUGGCCUUCGAGUUGAUGACAAAAGGACCGGUGAUGGAGGUGCCGACAGACGAUCCUUUCACAGAGGAGCAGGCCCGCUUUUACUUCAGAGACGUUGUCCUGGGAAUAGAGUACUUGCACUACCAAAAAAUCAUCCACAGAGACAUCAAACCCUCAAACCUGCUGCUGGGAGACGAUGGUCACGUCAAGCUCGCAGAUUUUGGUGUGAGCAAUGAGUUUGAGGGUGCAGACGCCCUCCUGUACAGCACGGCCGGGACGCCGGCCUUCAUGGCCCCCGAGAUGAUGACCGAGUACGAGCAGAGCUUCAGCGGGAAGGCGUUGGACGUUUGGGCCAUGGGAGUCACACUGUACUGUUUCGUCUUUGGGAAGUGCCCUUUUUAUGACGAAUACAUCAUCUCUCUGCACAACAAGAUCAAGAACAAACCUGUGGAAUAUCCAGAGAUGCCGACAAUAAGCAACUACCUGAGGGAUCUCAUUGAAGGAAUGUUGGAUAAAAACCCCGGAACAAGAAUCACCAUCCCCCAAAUGAAGCUCCAUCCGUGGGUGACGGAGAACGGCUCCAACCCUCUUCCUCUGGAGGAGGAGCACUGCACGGCGGUGGAGGUGACUGAGGAGGAGGUGCAGAACAGCGUCAAACUCAUCCCCAGGCUCUCCACUGUGAUCCUGGUAAAGUCCAUGCUGAGGAAGCGCUCUUUCACUAAUCCUUUUGAGAGUCAGGGCAGACGGGCGGAGAGGUCCAUGUCUGCUCCUGGAGGUCUUCUUACUGGCUCUUGGGGCUUAUUGGGGUCUUCAACUCAGCUUCAUCCUUCCUUGAGUAGGAAAGUCAGCAACGAGGGGAGCAGAGACGGAGAGUUGGAGGACUUGUAUGAGGACGACACGUUUACAGAAUGUACGGACUCCUAAACAAAGACUAGUAGAGGAGAAUAUGCAGGAAUAUUCUUUUUGUUUUCUACAUUUACUUCUUUCUUUCUUUUUCAAUUAUCUCUCCUAAUUUUGCUUUUCCUUCAUGGUUUUGUGCUCAAAUGCUUUUUCCUACGCUAAGGAUUAGGACUGUUAUAGGUCUGCAAUAUUGUGAAUAUAACUGACUGGAUAGUGCAUAUAAUGAUCACAGGAAAGAUUAGAUUUUAUUCUGGCUUCUCUGCAUGUUUUCUGUUUUGUUAAAAUCCAAUUUACAGAUGAAUGUGAGCAUUUACUUGGAUUGUUAAAGAUAUGAAUACGAUCCCCCACCCCACCUCCCAAAAAAAAAGAAGAUAUUUUUACAUUUUCUU